AUGAAACGAAAAUGCUCAAUGAAAAGAGAAAUUGAUUUGCUGAGCUUUCUAAAGUUAUACAACGAAGAAUUAGACAAUAACAAACUAUCGAUUGAUGAGUAUGAAGCAAAUUCAUCUUAUUUAUCAUGUAAAGAUAUCAACAAAACAAUUGAAACAAAAAUAAAACGCGUUAAACAAUUGACAAACGAAAUCGAAGAAAUAACACAAACAAGUGCUUUGUUGAAAAGACAAAUUGAAGAAGAAAGGAUCAGAGUUAGAAUUUUGGAAAAGAAAAACAAAACACAAAGUGGAACUCGAACUGGUUUUACUCGUAAAAAAGAAGUGGUUAAAGAUCAGGAAUUAAGCACGCUGGGUCAAACUGUCAUGAAAGCAAACGAUGUCAAUAAUGAAGUGUUCAAGCAAAUUCAAGAGUUGAGAGAAAUUGUGACAGAUGAUGAACUUGUAAUGAAUGUUGUUGAUGAUAAAGCAGUAACUACAAAAACAGUUGAACUU